UGCACACGCACACACUCACACGAAGAUGGAUCAUUUCAAGCGCAUAGAGUCUCUCCAGUCAAAUCCACCACGAAGGCGAACUGGGUUCGUGCACUGAAUCGAUUGUCCGAUGUCCGGACGUGGCGUGAAAAGGAGAAUGAGCCACUAGGCAUCGUGGGGGGGACGAGCUGGAGGGGGGCCUGCCCGACAGCAGUUGCGCCAGGCACCAUGAGGCAGCGGGCGAAGAAAUCUCCCUCCAUUCCUCUCGCCGCGGAAGAAAUGCACGGAGCAUCAGCGCCUGCCACGGCUGAGACGGGGCGAGACCCGGCGUCCGAGCGCGCACAGCAGACGGGGGGAAGACGCCCGGACUUGGCAACGGCGUCGUCCUGAAUGGCAACGGGGACCGGGCCACGCUCGGAGGAGGCGGUGAUGUCCUUCUUCACACAUUGCCCUCCGUUAGAAGCUCCUUGUUAGGAGUCGCUCACCCCAGCCGGUGCCUCCGGCGAGGCCUCAGAGCUGAGGGGGUGGACGAAACAAAAAAAAACUGGACAGAGAAAAUAGAAAGAUCGCGACAAGGACAAGCCCCCAUGCAGGCACGCAAGAAAUAUGUUCUGCUGGGCUUGUGUACGUUCUGCUGGCUGGUUCUCUUUUACUGCGGUCGAGGAGUCCAGAUGCCUGCGCGUCUGCUCCGGCUGUUGACCGGCCAGCAGGGCGAGGUAGCGCGACCUUGGCCCAACUGGACCGACCGGGCCUUCCUUCCCUGCUACGCCCGCCUCGACGAGUUCCAGACAGAACCCGGGACGAGCCAGCCUCAGCAGGCCUGGUCCGUCGUCUACAAGGACAGCCGUUGCCGGAUGGAGACCUGCUUUGACUUCGCCCGGUGCCGGCGUCGAGGACGGGACGGGUUCCGGGUGUACGUGUAUCCGUCGGAGAAAAACGACCACGUGUCGGAGAGCUACAGGAAGAUCUUGACUUCCAUAGCCGAGUCGCGGUACUACACGUCGGAUCCGCGCGAAGCGUGUUUGUUUGUGCUGGGGAUCGACACCCUGGACCGAGACCAGCUGUCAGGACAGUUCAUUACUAAUAUGGACGACCGUAUCCGAGGUUACCCGCUGUGGAACGACGGGCGUAAUCACUUGAUCUUCAAUCUUUACUCCGGCACCUGGCCCAACUACACCGACGACCUGGGCUUCAACAUAGGCCAGGCCAUGCUGGCCAAAGCCAGCCUCAACACGGAGCAUUUCCGGCCGGGCUUCGACGUCUCCAUCCCGCUUUUCUCCAAGGAGCACCCGCAGAAGGGCGGCGAGCGAGGCUGGCUGGUGAGGAACGCCACCCCGCCGCGGCGGAAGUACCUGCUGAUGUUCAAAGGGAAGCGGUAUCUGACGGGCAUCGGUUCGGAUACCCGGAACGCGCUCCACCACAUCCACAACGGGAAGGACAUCGUGUCGUUGACGACAUGCCGCCACGGGAAGGACUGGGAGAAACAUAAAGACGCCCGCUGUGACCAUGACAACCUGGAAUACGAAAGGUUCGAUUACCAGGAGCUGCUCCACAACUCCACCUUUUGUUUGGUCCCUCGAGGUCGACGCCUGGGCUCCUUUCGCUUCCUGGAGUCUUUGCAGGCGGCGUGCGUACCCGUGCUUCUGAGCAACGGCUGGGAGCUUCCCUUUUCCGACGUCAUCCAGUGGAACCAGGCCGUCAUUGAAGGGGACGAGCGAUUGCUGUUGCAGGUGCCAUCGACAGUAAGAGCCGUCAGAAAUGAGCGAGUCUUGGCUCUCAGACAAAGGACCCAGAUGUUGUGGGACGCAUAUUUCUCCUCUGUGGACAAGAUAGUCCUCACCACACUAGAGAUCAUUAAGGACCGUGUGUUUUCCCACAUAUCGAGAAACAAGUACAUGUGGAACUCCCUACCUGGAGGUCUACUAGUCCUGCCAGAAUACUCCACUCACCUGGCACAUUUCCCUUUCUACUACCUGGGUUUAGGCAUCAGUCCAAAUCAGGAGUUCACUGCAAUCAUCCACGCCGUCUCUCCUUUGGUGUCCCAGUCUCAGCCAAUCAUGAAGCUGCUUCAGGUGGUCUCCAAGUCUAAGUAUUGCUCACAAAUCAUCAUCCUAUGGAACAGUGAAAAGCCAGCACCGAGUCGGAGCAAAUGGCCUCCCAUGCCGGUGCCCCUCACUGUAACAGACGGCAAGAAGAAGACCACCAGUCGGUUCCUGCCUCACGUUGCUAUAGAAACCGAUGCAGUGCUGAGUCUGGAUGAGGAUACGGUCCUGUUGACUAGUGAGGUGAACUUUGCCUUCCUGGUGUGGCGCAGUUUCCCGGAUCGGAUUGUGGGGUACCCACCCAGGAGCCACUUUUGGGAUCCGUUGAAACACGCCUGGGGGUACACCUCCAAGUGGACCAAUGACUACUCCAUAGUCCUGACUGGUGCUGCCUUCUACCACAGGUACUACCACUUCCUGUUCUCGCACUACCUGCCCCAGUCUUUGAGGACCUUGGUGGAUCAUACGACCAACUGUGAGGACAUCCUGAUGAACUUCCUGGUGUCGUCUGUCACUCACCUGCCACCCAUCAAAGUGGCUCAAAGGAAGCAAUACAAGGAGCUGCCCAGCCCACAGGCCACAAAAAAUGUCCCCUGGGCGAACCCGGAGCACUUCAACCAGCGCCAGGAGUGUGUCAACACCUUCGCCAACUGGUUUGGCUACAUGCCUCUGGUCCACUCGCAGUUCCGCCUGGACCCGGUGCUCUUCAAAGAUCAAGUGUCCGUCCUCCGGAAGAAGUACAAAGACUUAGAGAGGGCGUGAUGCGGGCGGGACAUGCGGCAGACGGACCAAUCGGGAGCUCAGAAAAUGAAGAGGGGCCUGACGGACAAUCCCGGUGGAGUCGGUGGGCUUCGGAUCAAAGGACAGACUUCAAUGGAAGGCAAAUGCAGAAGGGACUGCCAAGGAAGUUGGUAGCGGUGCCAUGUUCUUUAGCUAUUCUUGUCUCUGGGCAAGGACAAUUUUGCAGCAAAAACUCUUCAAACCAAUAAAAUGAUUUGAAAACGCA